AAUCUAACAGUUGCUGUGAGGACUCGGAACGAUUUGGACGCAGUUUUAGAAACCCGGGAAACCCGCAUUCGGUACUGCUUCAGUAUCUAUCUAGCACAGGAUAGCUAGCAGCAGCAAUAGCAGCUGUUGGGAAGCUCCAUUGCAUUUCAUCGCCAUCAUCAGCUUCAUCAUCACCGAUGGAGAAACUCUAGCGUUUUAUGUACCUACAGCAAAGGCUAGUGCGAGGGUGGGUGUAUAGUGUGCGUUAAAAUGUGUGAUGGUUUGUAAUUGAUUCACCUGCGAGCAGAUAUUGCCACCUUUGCUGUCCGUGUCGGUGUCAGGAUUUUGGCACCAAAUGAAAACUGGAAAAACAGAUAUUGAAAACAGACAGGAUAUGGAUCUCUAGGGGCUAGAGCUUUGGAGGAUUAUUUUGUGGUUUGAAGUGUACCGUUUUGCUGACAAGGCGAUUUGGAUGGAGAUUUUUCGGUUUCAAUAAGUCAGAGAUAAAAAACGAGGCUGUGAUACAUUGCGUAGAUGUUGAGGUGGAUGAGCAAACAGAAGUGAAAGUAGGCCUACGAGAAAACCAAUUCCACGUUUCUUUGCCUGUGUGGAUUACUAUUCUGUGUACUGUGAAAUCAGUUCGGUGUUUUGAUUCUCCGCGUAUUCUUGUGGAAUCUGUGCCAAGCCGUAUGACGAAGCAAGGGCAAUAAGCUUUGCUCGGGUUAUGUUGUUUCCGGGAAAAAGGGGUCAAUCGUGCAGACACGACUACUAGCCCCACACCCAAACACCGUCGUCAGGAUCGUUCGCCACCAGUCGAAGGGGUUAUGUCCCAGGAGCAUCGCGUAGAAAUGACGAAGCAGAAAUAACACAAUUUACCGUCAGCUCAGUGUGCGAGUUUUCCACCAGAAACGGAUCCGGAAGCUGGUAAAUAAGCGAAACAGUAGUGGCUGCUGUGAAAGCACUGACGAGUGAAAGCGAUUGAGUGUUGUGCACUUCGUACUGGGAAUAGAUAUCUGUAGUAAGGCUGGCAGCAAGUGAAGUGGAAAAUGUGUCCGACAUGCCAGUACAGCGAUUGUUUACCAAUGGUUCGUGAGUGGAAUUAUGUGACCGAAGUUUCCGAAACGUAGAAAAGUGGUAGUGUUUUACGAACAGUGAGCUGGUGGCGCAUUUGUGCCCGAUGGUUUGAAUUGCACCGCAGCGUUGGAUCGGAAUGUUUAGUGCAGAUUCAUUUCUAAAGGAAAACUCGUGCAUCACCAUGCCAUACUGAAGUGUUUAAACCCCUCGAUUCGACGAGCCCGUCGGCAUUUCGAAAACGUUAACCGUCAGACGUGUGUUAUUUUACAUAUGAUUUCCGAUGCUUUCGGCGCAUUGAACAGUGUUUUCUUUCAUAUUUUCUUUUAUUAUUUAUCAAGAAACGUAAACAGUCGUGAUGCGCACCACCAGAGCGUGAGUGUACCAAUAAUUGAAUCAUUUCAUAUAACCCGCUCGUUUCUCUUCGAUGAGAAAUGGUAGAAACGGGAAAUUGUCUCCAUGAUCGAGUACCCGAAAACCGGUUAGCAAUUGAAACGCGAUGAGUCGAAAAUUUCGCCGAAAGUCGAGCUUCGGUUUCGCGAGAGAGAAACCGCGAUCCUGCAAACAAAACAACAUCAUAUCAAUUUAUCCACCAGCCGCGGAAAACUUCAGCGACAAGGGCAAUAAAAACAUCGUCACGAUUUGAAAACCCCAGCACAGCACAAUCAAGGGCCGUCAUACUUUUCCACAUGAGGCACUCGGAUCGGGACAGUACCAGCCAAAAACUGCUGAUUCCCGCAGUUUUUCUUGUUGUUGCCCUGUGCAGAUUUUUACAACCAGUGGAGACACGUGCCCUUCAGUUCUCGUCGGGUGAAAGUUUGGAGAAAAUCGGUCGUGAAGAUAGCGGUAUCGGUAACAGCAAUAACAGCAAUAUUGAUCAAACGAUGGAUCCUAGUGAGAGGGUUGAGCAAUUUAAACAGCGGGGAGAUGUUCUGGUGGUGGUUCAGCAGAAUUCGCCUACGAGUAUCCAGACGUAUCAAAGAGAGUAUCGAGAUUUUGUUAAACUAUUCAUCCCGGACAAACGCGCCGAGGAUGAUAAUGAUGAUGCGCUGGGGAAAGGAGUUCGGUUUCAGCGCUGGAAAGAUAUGGUCAGCUUCGAGCGCUGGCUGUCCGAUCCGUCCAUCUCGACGGUGCUCUACACGGUUCACGAUGGAAGUGACAGUUUCAUCGGAUACUGCGACAGCUUAUCGACCCAUUUGUCCGUGCUGUACGGCAAGACGGUCCUGUUCUGGCCCUGCCCCCGGAUGAAGAAAACAGAAAAGUUCGUACCAUCCUUCGAGACCGUUUCAUUCGCCGUCAAAAGUAUCUCGCAACAAUUUAAUUGGACCGAAGCAAUCUUGUUCGCAGCAGAUUCCAACUGGGCGUUACCACUGGCGCUGGCCGCCAAUCUUCACAUUCCAUACCGGAUCGUGUCGAACGGUGACGACGAUGAGCUGAAGCUGCACGAACGGGACAUCAGCGGAAGUGUGAUAAUCGUCUGCUCGUCCAUCAACUCACCGCAAACAAUUAGCGCAAUCAAUCAACUGAAGCAACUGCGAAGGACAAAGAUUCUGCUGCUCGACACGAUUGGUACGAUCUUCAACAGCAACAAUAAGCUGUACCAGAGCUUCGCCCGGAAUGGGACGCUGGCGUACGGGGAACCGAACCGUAACCUGCUGGUACUGACGAUUCUGACCGAACAUUUCAAACUCAUCCUUCAGCGGGAUCACGGAGUCGAUCUGGGUGACUAUCGGCAUAUCAGCGAGAGGCUGCUGAAAAUUCGUCUCAACGAUGCAGACGAUGAUGACGACGAAGGAGCAGUUAAUCGAACCAGCGGCGACGAUGGGUGGGGGGAAUUACAUGAAAAACGGAUAACCAGCUCCGGGCGAAGGCAAGCGCUGGAGUAUCUAAUAAAUUCAACCACCCUGACCUCAUCCGAGUGCGAUUUUAAUUAUCUGCUAAGCGACGGUAAUGGGUCGGACGAGCUGCAGACGCUGACCGUGGACCGUUCCCGCUGUCAAACACUACUCGACAGUUACUGUGAUCUCAACGACGACACAAAUUAUCUCAACUUAUCAUCGUUCGAUAAUGGCGGCGAAUACGUUAACGCAAGUGUUGUGCUUAAUGGCAGCGACUAUAUUGAGCAUAAAAUCCGAAAGGAUCGGCGAAAUAGAGAAAUCGAACAAUUUUGCGCUUUAUUAAACCUCGACAGAAAUCAUUUGGUGCUAUCAGACAAUCAAAAUUCGGAUCUCGUUGAUGUUGGUGCUUCCUUAUCUAGCAAACGGUUGAUUUUUAGUGAACACUUUUAUCUGUAUGAUUACAUCCUAGCGGUAGUGCACGACCAGCGCCAUACGCAUUCCCAUCAGUAUCGGAAGUUUCAGUUUGAUUUUAUAGUGUUUGACUUGAAGAAUAUCUCCAACCAUCGGACUACAAUAGUGUGGCGGCCGUUUUUGAUCCUACGGCAGGAUCAGCUGGACCGGCAAAAGUUCAGUAUGCACCCGGUGCAGCCCGGUUACAGUGAUUGGAUCAUCGAAACGACCAUCGAGUCCAUCUGGAUCUGUGGCUUGCUGUGUUGGAGUGUGAUCGGACUCGCGGUGUUUCUGAUCGUAUCGAUCAUAUUCGCGAGCGUGGUGUUCAGCAUCGCCGUUAGAAAUUAUCUGCUGAAGAAUCGUCUCUCCAAAGGACCAAACAAAAUAGUACUAUCGCCAUCGGAUUUUGUGUUUCCCGUAGACAUGAGAAGGGUUGACGAGGGUAUCGAAGCGAUGCUGUGCUGUUGGCUCCAACAGAUACAGGAGUUUGGUGGACCGGAAGUGGAUAAACCGGACCUUUUGAAAGGAUCGAUCGGUUCGCUAAAAAAUCUCGGUCUACCCGUGCCACCCAAGACUAGCUCGGGCAGUGAGACGCUGGUCCGGCAUAACACCACCAGCGGAGGAGCAGCGCUGGAGUUCAAAGCACGUUACAACGGUGAUUUAGUUCAACUGAAAGAAAUACCACUCAGCUCUGGGUCAUCCCAGGAACUCAAGACGAAGGCGAUGGAUCUGCUCGUAAUAGCACACGGAUUACGACACGAGAAUAUUAAUCCGCUAAUAGGUUGGCUUAACGAGCCCACCCGCACGGCACUGGUGUUUGAGCACUGCUCACGCGGAUCACUGCAGGAUGUACUGGUCAUGGACGAAAUCAAGCUCGACUGGUCCUUUCGCUUGAGCCUGCUGACCGACUUGGUACGUGGGAUGCGAUAUCUUCACGGGUCACCGAUUCGAAUCCACGGUUCGCUGUCGUCUCGAAACUGUGUGGUAGACGCUCGCUGGGUGCUAAAAAUCACCGACUACGGCAUGCAGAACUUUUACGACGCCCAAGGCAUUACCCCACCACCCAGAAGUGCUAAAGAUCUUCUCUGGACGGCACCGGAGGCGUUGCGGGGUACUAAAGGCUAUCCCAGAUACGGAACUCAACCGGCCGACGUGUACGCGUUCGGAAUUAUCAUGCAGGAGGUGGUGGUGCGUGGGGAGCCGUACUGUAUGCUGUCGCUCUCGCCCGAGGAAAUUAUAGCCAAAAUCAAAAAACCGCCUCCACUCAUACGUCCGUCCGUGUCGAAAGGAGCUGCCCCACCGGAGGCAAUCAACAUCAUGCGGCAGUGCUGGGCCGAGAGCCCCGAAAUGAGACCGGAUUUCGUAAUGAUUUGCGAACGCUUUAAGCAAUUAAAUCAUGGACGAAAAGUUAACUUUGUUGAUACUAUGUUUCAAAUGUUGGAAAAAUAUUCCAACAACCUGGAGGAGCUGAUUCGGGAGCGAACCGACCAGCUUGAUAUGGAACGCAAAAAGACUGAACAACUGCUGAACCGGAUGCUACCGAGUUCUGUGGCAGAUCGCUUAAAGCUUGGCCUCGCCGUCGAACCGGAGGAAUUCGCCGAGGUUACAAUCUACUUUAGUGAUAUCGUUGGUUUCACAACUAUAGCCGCCCACUGCACCCCAGUCCAAGUGGUGGAUCUGCUGAAUGAUCUGUACACCUGCUUCGACGCUACGAUAAAUGCCUAUAACGUGUACAAGGUGGAAACAAUCGGCGAUGCGUACAUGGUCGUCGGAGGGCUACCCGUUCGAACUCCGGACCAUGCCGAACAAAUCGCUACCAUGGCCCUGGACCUGCUGCAUCAAAGUGGCAACUUCAAGGUACGACAUCUGCCCGGCGUUCCGCUGCAGCUCCGAAUAGGACUGCACACAGGGCCAUGCUGUGCCGGUGUCGUCGGACUGACAAUGCCCCGAUACUGUCUGUUUGGUGACACAGUCAACACGGCGUCUCGCAUGGAAUCAACAGGCUCGUCGUGGCGCAUCCACAUGUCCCAGCAAACGUGCAAUCUGCUGGAGCAGGCUGGUGGCUACGUCAUCGAGCCCCGGGGGCCUAUCGAAAUCAAAGGAAAGGGCAAAAUGCACACCUACUGGCUGCUGGGAAAGGUUGGCUUCGACCGGGUACUGCCAACACCACCCCCGAUCGGGGAGUCCCAUGGUCUCGACAUCGCCAUCCUGCGUAAAUCCCUCUUCCAAUCCGAGCAAAACAAUCAGCAGCAAGCGACCAACGGUAGUUGCAGCGGUUCUACCGCAAACCAUUCGUCCAGUCACUCACCUUCGGUAGCGGGAGAAUCGAUAGAUGUAAAAGUAGAAAUUACUCCACCGGUAGCAUUCGAUAAUCCAAUGCUAGCCCCAUCGAUAUCGGUGGAUUCAAACUCAAGCAAUGCCAACAACUGUACGCUGAACAUGUCCGAAUUCCAGUCGAAAACAGCAACGCCUAGUCCGCAGGCGCGGAAGCUGUCGGAAAUUGUAUCGGAGACAGCGUUUCUAAGUGCAAACUCGAGCUUCAACCGACUGAAUCCAGCCUCACCGGGAACUACUUCCUCGCGAUUGUUCAAACGGAUUGAGGAACUGAUAGAUCUAAGCUCACCGUACAAUUACUACAGAUGUCUGAGUCCCAGUGAAAGCAACCUUUCGCAGUGCGGGGACAACCGGUACCAUGGCUAUCAGAUCAAUCGGACGGACUGCCCCAGCAAACCGGGUUCGACGCGGUUUCUUCGUCGGCAAUUCAGCCUAGAUAAGGACGACGUGGGACCAUCGAUGACAACUAGUCAAAAACCUACACUGGAAACCGUAUCCUCCAUCUCAGUUGAUCGUGAGCAACUAGCCCGGAUGGGAACGCUAUCAUCGAUCACGUCCAUUAGCUCCGCCACUUCAGUAUCACACUCAUCCAAACAACAACGGGUAAUCCACAAGCAGCACUCGGCCAGCGUUGCACAAGAUUUGGAAAAAAUCGAAGAGAUUCCCAUAUCACCCCAAUCUUUCCUGUUGAAUCACAAUACCAGCAGCAAUAGUACUUCCAGCCUACAUUCCGACGUUACCGAUAAAUCGAAAGUGCGAUCGGUAGGAGCAAAUGGUAAAGAGCUGUGUCUCAGUAUCGAAGCUCUCGGACUAAGGUGAGCACAGAUGGGCCGUUUCUGCAGCAGCCGGUGAGCUGCGAAAAACAUUUCACUUUGAUUCAGGGUAACAUAAAUCUAAUCAAAUCGAAUGAUAAAACUAAGUCUGACUGCUAGAAGGAUUGCUUUUCAACCGCGAAGGAAGCGUGUAUUCAAUCGAUUGGGGGAAAACUAAUCUCUAGAAUAUUUAUAGCUAUCACAGAUAUAAUACUUUUUAAUUGAUUUCCUAUAACUAAGUGUAGUCCGAGAGACGGAGAGAAAAAUAAAUUAUCAAGCGAAACGGUGGCAAAAUACUUCGGACUGUAGAAAAAACAUGCUUGAAUUACCGGCAGUUGCUACUUGCUGUCUAUUCAUUGAACCCUAUUGGAAGCAAUGAAUGGGAAAGUUACCGGCGUGGAAAUUAUGUGCGAACCAUUUUCAGCAUUAAACGGUACGAGGACUUUCAAUAUAUCAACCACUGUUUACUUGUGUGGAACGAAAGCAAAAACAAUUUACCCACCCAUUCAAUAGCUCAAUUCCGCGCUACUGACUUUUUUUAGAAACCAAGAAUUUCAAUUGCAUUUUAUUCUUCGCUCAACUAGAAGACUGCUGAAUGAAAACAGUAUGAUUUUGUUUUCUUUUAAUUUGUUGGAUUUGAAAUCAAAUAACAUAAAUCAAUUACAGCUCACAUGUGCUAACCACAUUGAUGUUUAGGUAAGUUAAACGUGAAUUAUACAUAAACACUUGAUAACGAACUGUUCAAUACAGUCGUUCUAUUCGGCUUCUUACAACGGCACUCAAUACGUGACAAAUAAUCCAAGUGAUAUUUGUUCUUGGAAAAAACAUGCUUUCGUAAAUAAACAAAGUUGGAUUUUGCGUUUCAGAUUCUCCUCAUCAGUGUUAAAGAGGAGAUGGUUAGGUAGAGCAGGCCCGGCAAAGGUCACUCGAUAUGAGUCUGUGUUGACAUAUGUCCACUUCGCGUCCGCUGCAACUGAUGCUGAAUACAAACGUUUGCACUCCAGUAUCUUCUUUGGCUGAAGCAUGGGGUCUUUUAAAAAGUCAGCAGAUCCGCGCAAUUCAAACUAAAAUCGUAGCGGACCCCGUAAAUUUCGACCCGAUUAGCUGGUACAUAUACUAUAUACUUCUUCGUAAAAGGCCCGUAGCCAGCAAUAUCCUUUGCCUGCUUCAAACUAUUUACCACCACCCUGAACUUAUCAGGACGAAUUUUCGAUAUUUCGAUCACGGCCGAGUAUCGUUUCGUCAGAACUCGAGAAAGCUGCAAUAAUUUCAAACACUUCUUGUCUUCGACCCGGAAGAAGAUCAUAUAAGGCACGGUUGAGGAGCAUGGAUAUAUCUUGAGCUGGCGAAUUGAUUGUAUUUCGACCUUUGUCUCUAGGCCUAGAGUGCAGUGCAGGAUAAUUGAAGUCAAGAAUGGGGCAUGUAAUACGAUAGCGGAACUUAACUUCAGUCGAAUGUCCCGUUCGCGCUUCACACCAGCAAUAAAUAGAAAAAGCCAAAACCGGAACAAUCAAUCGAAGCAACCCAGCUUUUCGUUGCAAAACUACUAUUUUGCUGGACUCUCCACUUCUGCGAAAUAGGAACUGUUCCGGUAAUUCCUUGCGGCACACUGAACAAUGGAUCGCUGACGAUCAGCUUACGAUUAGCUGACAAAGCAAUAUUACGGUAUGUGAAAACGCACUUUUUUCUAUUAGAACAUACGGAGAUAACCUGUUACAGACGAAAGCUCCUUUACUAUUUUACUAAGGUGUUUAAAAUAUAAGAUAUUAUUUACCAUAAUAUCUUAUAUUUUAAAAAUCUCAACAAUAUUAAGGAUGUUCAAUGAAUGAUGAUUUAGUUAUUUUCAUAACCUUUCCUAAAUUCAUCCAAAGGUAAGACAUAAACCGGACUUAAAAAUCCCACCGCGCGAGAACAAAUUCGCAUUCCCAGUUGGAUUUCAACGCUGACUGUAAAAUAAACUCGACGGAGAAGGCUGGCAAAGAAAGGGAACCCGAGCAAAGUAAAACAUCAAAAUUAUAGCAAGAAGAUAUCAUAUUUUGAUGUCAUGAAAUUAUUUUGAUAUCGGUUUAUAUUUUUACAAAUAUGACAUCAUAUUUUGAUUUCAUUUUGCUGAGCUUACACGCUUUGCGAAAAAAACAUUUCUUAAUUUUUUUUUUAUUUCGUUGAUAGAGGUUUUACCCUUAAAGUCAUUCGCAUCUGUUUUCGGGUAAGAAAGAGAUUUUGGAAAAUCUGUAACCCUAUGUGCAAGGCUGAGAAUUGAACUCAGGUGAGCUGCGUACAAGGCAAUAGAUUUACCAACUACGCUAUGCACGCCCAAAAAAUGUUUUUUUUCAUUUCUUUGCCAAAAUAUCAAAUUGAUUACUUAUUUUGUUUUUAAUAAAACAUUUCAACAUCUAAGAUGCUUUCACUGAUAGCAUAAAUAGUUUUCUGUUUGAUGUCAUAACGCAAAUUUUCUGCUCUCGCUUUUGAUCUUUUAACCGUUAAAACAACCAAAACAAUAACAACCUGACUUUGUUCUCAGUUUGAUAUCAAACUUUGAUCGGGAAGAAAGAGUGGCAUUUGUAAGUAAAUAAAUAAAUUGAAAUGAAUAUCUACAGCAGAUAAACCGACGGGCACUUUGAAACUCAAGUUUAGAUUCGGUAGCAGCUGCCGGGAUUUUCAUUUUGGCGUAAGGAGCAUAGCGGUCGUUAUUUACGUAAAACCCAAAUGAACUAGCAGAGCACAUCGAGAGUCAUUUGUUUCUGGUGUACUGUCUUUAUAACGAUGAAAUAACCAACCCGCCGGGAUCAUCCCGCCAAAAUAAAAAGCAAUCUGACAAUCGUUGUGAAGAAAAUUGAAUCUAUGUAGAAAGUUUUCUCGGAACCGGUUAGCUCAACCGGAAAGAAGUUGAACUGGAAAAAUGUCUAAAGGCUGCAUCGGAGCGGAACAGUUUCCGGAUAGACGAACACCGCUUGAACAUGAUGGAUGAUACUACCGGGCUAGCAUCAAUCCUGUCUUGUGUACCUUGUAAAAACAAGAUCCCGAAAGCUUGGUAGGAUUUCGGCAAAAACAGCUGAUUCGGAAAGAUAUCGGAUUAUAUACCAUUACACAAUUGUGUGACAAUUUGUGUUACUCCAAUCCACGUGUUCACUACUUCAUCCUGCUCUUGACUAUCUUCAUUGGAAAUAGUAUCGACACAUUAUAAUACGGUUCAGUUAAACUUACUUCCAUAAAUACAUGCCAUUCAGUUAGUGAUUAACUAAAUAAUGUGUACUUUUUAUUGCCUGUAUCACUUUAAAUUAAACAAACAUUGAAUUCUUUUUCAUUUCGUGGUUGUGUGUCCCAGAAGUAAAUGUUUGUGGCAAAUAGCGAAACAACUAUUCCAUUGUAACUAAAUGUAAAAGGUAAAUCUGCAAGUAAGGCCCGAACUCCCGCACCAAAACCACACCGUCUGCCACUUGUACUAAAAAACACAAAACCUAUCUACUUUAAAGAAAAAACGAACUUUUUGAUUUAAAGCGUAAGUAUUCUAACAUUUAGAGUCCCUCUGUAAAGUGUGCCCACAAAAAAGAACAUUCCAAUACUUCCGUAACCGUUUAGAUGAAAUAGGAAUAAAUUGAUGAAAUUUAGAAAAUUAAACGCAUGAAUCGUUCGAUCGUGAUCAAAUUGUGUUUCUCUAUCAACAAGAGUUUAUUAUGGAUAUAUUAUGUGGAACGAUUAGAUAAUAUAUUAAGAAGAUCGUAUAUGAAAGAACUUUAUGAAAUAUAAAAAAAACUCCUAAAAUUUUCAGCUUAUCUCGUGACAAACCUCAAAUGGAAACCCUGAAAGUCGCGUAAAGAAAUACCGGCAAACCUCGAAAUUCGGCCGAAGUAAGAUCAUCUAGAAUAAAGUUUAUAAGGUAUCAAACAAUAUAUCAUACUCAAAUAUGUUUGUACCCCGAUAGUGUAGAUCGAAACAUUCGGCAAAUUGAAUCGGGAGCGAGAGUCCCUCCUAUUAUGAACUAUAUAGUUGAAAUUGUUGUAGAACGCUGCUUUAGAAUAACACUUCUUUGGUGCACCAAGGAACCGUUAAACGCAUAUAAAUAAUGUUAAUUCGUUUUUGAAUGUGGAAGCAAUGUUGUACACCUUUUAUAUGUGUAGGUGCUGUAGUUUCCCGGUGGCAAAGAGAACACUCACGAUACAGAAAUAUCAAAUCCAGAGCUGUGUAGAAUAUAUUUAUCAAUGGAUGUUAUUUAUUUUUGUGACCAAAUAAACAAACAAACAAAUUCGGAAAGCAAAUAAACUGCUAAAUAGUCGACUAAA